CCAACACUUCUCUCUAAAUCCAAUUCAGCUAGAUUGAAUUUGCCCAAGAAUUCCUUGCUCCCAAAUCUCAUCUCUCUCUCACACACACACACACACACACACUUUCUCUUUCUUAUAAUUCUUGCAGCAAACCCAUCUGCACCAUUGUUCAUAUUUUUGUCCUAAAUUAGAUGGGCUGCUGUAUUGCGGCGUCUGACAUUCAAAGAAGAAGAAGAAAGCAAAAAAGGUGGAAUCUUUUGCAUACCCAUAACGCCUUCUUGAGCUACAGUGGGAUCUCUUGAUCUUGAAAUGCCGAUUACAAGAGGGUUCUGUGUAAGUCUCUUUCUUUCUACUGGAAUCAAAAUGUGAGGGUUUCCUCAAAUUUCUCGUCUUUACACUCUCUCUGUGUGUGUUUCCCCUUCUUGAAUUGUGAUGAUGGUGGCUGCUGUUUCUGGAGCAGCUUCAACAACCGACCCCCAAAACCCCAAAACCACUAGGCCCCCAUUGUUGCCCUCUGAAAAAGAUAACAGCAAUGGGGUUUCCAAUAAUCCCAAAAAGCCCAAAUCAAGAAUUGUCUCUUCUAGAUACAUGUCCCCUUCAACUUCUUCCACUUCAACUUCCAAUUCAUCUUCACUUUCCUCAUCCUCCUCCUCCUCUUCUUCUAGAAGGUUCCCCUCGCCUGUGGUGUCAAGAAACCCCACCCCUAUGGCGAAUACGCCGGCAUUAGCCUCUAAGAGGUCUGUUUCUGUAGACCGGAGGCGGUCUGUGGCUGCCAGGCCUUUGAUUCCUGAUUUUGACCCUAAGAAUGGUGGUGUUUCAGCUGCCACUAAGCUUCUUGUGACCUCGACUAGGAGUUUGUCUGUUUCGUUUCAAGGGGAGGCGUUUUCGUUGCCUAUUAGUAAGACUAAGGUGGCUCCUCCUUCCCCUAAUUUGAGUAGUGUGAGGAAGGGGACUCCGGAGAGGAGGAGGGGUAGUACUCCUUCGAGGGGGAAGGCCGAUGUUGUAGGUGGUCAGGUAGAGAGUUGUAAGGUUGCUGAUCAGCACAGGUGGCCAGCUAGGCAUCGGUUGAUGAAUCCCCUUUCGAGGAGUAUGGAUUGUAGUGGCAGUGUUGAGGAGAGCAGUAUCCUGAGUGGAUCUGGGAAUGCUGUUCGAUCACUACAGGACUCAAUGAUUGAUGAGAGGAGGUCUUCGCUUGGUGGUAGGGCGAGUCUCGAUUUGGGCCACUCUGAGCUUCCAAAUGUGGCUCAACGAUCCCCGUAUGGAAAUUCAGUUAAUAAUGAGGCGUUGAUGCCAUGUGACCUCACCACGUCUGAUUCGGAUAGUGUCUCAUCUGGUAGCACUUCAGAAGUUCAAGAAUGUGGCCCUGGUUCCCAAAGGAAAAAUGGCCCUCGUGGAAUUUUUGCUUCAGCUAAAUUUUGGCAAGAAACUAACAGCCGUCUUAGGAGACUGCAGGAUCCCGGCUCACCUUUGUCUACAAGUCCUGGUUCUAAACUGAUUGUGCCCCCUAAGUUGAAAAAGUAUAGUGGUAACGGUUCAAUUAUGUCAUCCCCAAGAACAAUGUCGUCUCCUAUUCGUGGUAGUGUUAGGGCUGCAUCUCCUAGCAAGCUUAUGACACCUGUGGGAACGUCUCCAUCCAGGGGAUAUAGUCCAUCUCGCAUCAGAAAUGCUGUUAGCACCAUUAACAACAAUUUCACUGACACGCCCUCGGUUCUUAGUUUUGCUGUUGAUGUACAGAGAGGGAAAGUUGGGGAGAGAAAAAUCUUAGAUGCUCAUUUUUUGAGGCUUUUGUACAACCGGCACUUGCAGUGGCGCUUUGUAAAUGCUAGAACUGAAGCGUUCUUGCAUGUACAGAAACGCAGUGCAGAGAAGAAUCUGUGGAACGCAUGGAUAACGAGCUCAGAUCUACGUGAUACUGUCGCUAAAAGAAGACACAGAUUGCAGUUGCUUAGACAAAAGUUGAAACUAGCUUCCAUUUUGAAAAAACAAAUGACCUUUUUGGAGGAUUGGGCAUCUUUGGAUGAAAACCACUUGAUUUCUGUGGUCGGAGCUAUUGAAGCUUUGAAGGCUAGCACUCUUCGUCUUCCCGUUGGCGGAGGAGCCACCGCUGACAUCCAAAGCUUGCAGAAAGCUAUCAGUUCAGCUGUUGAAGUCAUGCAAGCAAUGUCAAACUCAGCAUAUUUGCUUCUCCCAACUGUCGAGGAAGUGAGUUGUUUAGUGAGUGAACUGGCGAAAGUAAUGAAAAAGGAGAGAGCUUUGCUUGAGCAAUGCACAGACUACAUUUCCCUUUUAGAAGCCAUGCAGGUUAAAGAAAGUAAUCUAAGAACACACCUAGUACAGUGUAAUAACCGUGUACGGAAGAGCAUGUCCGAAGACAGAUAGAGCUACUGAUUGUAUCUGACUGCGCAUUCUACGUGCUAACUGUGACAUCGGUCGAGCUUUUAGACCUAGUGAAAGGCAGCAUCCGAGGUGAUCGAGACAGGCCAGACGACUGACGACUAAUCUUCGGAGGUAUUUUUUGGUGACACAUUGGUUUCUCCUGUUGUCUACCUCAAAGGUAUCUAAUAUUACAGUGUUUUGUCUCACUAACUAGCUAGUGCACACUUCUCUCUCUGUUUCUCAUGGAGAAUGUGGAGAAGUGUUGUAUAUAUAUAAAUGUAAUAUUCUAACUUUGUAUUGUUGUUAAGAAAUUCUUGGUUAGUCCGAA